AUGGCACCCACAGAGGCCGAGGCUGCCCAACCAGCACCUUCGAAGAAGGUGCGGUUGGCCUGUCGUCGAUGCCGUGCUAAACGUGUGAAGGCGAGUAAUCCUCAGCCGAUUAGUAAGGACGAGAAUUAUUUGACGACCCCAGCUAACGUUCUUCCAACCAGUGUGAUGGAGGUAUUCCAGCCUGUGGGAACUGCGCUCGGGCAGGUGUCCCGUGUGUUGAUGUCGAUGGCCGGAAUAAUGGACUAUCCAUCCCACGAGACUUCAUCACACGGUGUCAUGCCAGGAUCAACUGGCUUGAACAAAAACUGA